UCAGUUGCGAAGUUGAUGUUGAUUUGUUUUGCUUCUUAUCAUCGCAAGAAAUGGCAACUAACAGACCAUUAGAUAUUCGGUGGAUUAGAAGAUAUAAAGCGUUUUACAUUGCUGGUGUGAUUAUAUUUUGUAUACAGAUUUUAUUAGCGUAUUUCUUCCUAGCAAGUCAUGAUGAAAGUCGGAAAAAUGAUCGAGAUUUCCAGUCUGGAAAAGGCAGAUGGAACUUGGAGGUUGCUGAUGACAAGCGGAGAAAAGAGUUCCGUGGUGACAGAGAAAAUGUCCUGGGAGUUGAUGAUGAAGAUAAUCCUGCCAAUAGUAACUCAAUAAUUAGCGAACUCACCCGGAACAAGGUGCUGCCAGACAAGUUGGAAGACAGGCGAAUUGAUAACAAAGUGCCUCAAAUUAGUAAAUUAUCAAAUGUCUCCCAUUUGCGGCUGGAAGAACUAGACUUUGUCCCGCUAUGUGAUAUUACUGGCAAAGAAGCCAUCUCUGCCAUUCACCGUGCCAAAACGCAGUAUUGUAAACAAGAAAUAUCCAAUAUCUCGUGCCUUAUCGCAGAAGGUUUGCUUUAUCCCAAGAAGUUACCACACCUAUGCGCCAUCUCAGAAACUGGGAAGUCUCUUGGUUGUUUUCAAGAUGGUAAGUCCAAGCGUCUCCUGUCCAGUUACUAUGUCAGCUUAAAGUUCAACAACUCACCUAGCAAUUGUGUCAAUUUGUGCCUUCAAUCCGGCUUCUCAUACGCUGGAGUUCAACUAAGCACGGAAUGUUUCUGUGGUAAUGAAAAACCACCGUCUUCAUUCCAACUUCCAGACUCAUCUUGCAACAUGAAAUGCCCUGCUGACACCCACCAGAUGUGCGGAGGAUAUCUCACCUCUAACAUCUAUCAAACUGGUAUCGCAAAGUUUUCCGCCAGAAGUGUAAAGGACUCAUUUGAGGAGAGGGAACAUGACUCUUCUCCACUUAGAAUAGCAUUUUUACUAACUUUGAAUGGUCGAGCAGUACGACAAGUUCACAGACUGAUAAAAACCCUGUUCCACAGGAAUCAUUUCUUUUUCAUUCACGUAGAUGCUCGUCAAGACUAUUUAUUUCGAGAGCUCUUGGCCUUGGAGCUUCAUUUGCCAAAUGUACGCCUCUCUAGGCGGCGACAUGCAACCAUUUGGGGUGGUGCAUCCUUGUUAACGAUGCUCCUUGAGUCCAUGUCGGAACUGGUCAAUUCUGCAUGGGACUGGGACUUUGUCAUCAAUUUGAGUGAAUCUGAUUUUCCGGUCAAAACAAAUGCUCAGCUGGUUUCAUUCCUUUCGGCAAACCGGAAUGUCAAUUUUGUCAAGUCGCAUGGGCGAGAAGUGCAGCGAUUCAUUCAGAAACAAGGGCUAGAUAAGACAUUUGUUGAAUGUGAAGCACACAUGUGGCGAGUUGGUGACCGGGUCUUGCCAACAGGUAUUGUCAUGGAUGGCGGCAGCGACUGGAUUGCCCUCUCAAGGUCAUUUGUAAACUACAUUGCCGCAUCAGAACAGGAUGAACUCAUCAAGGGACUCAUAGUCUUAUUCAAGUACACACUUUUACCUGCUGAGUCAUUUUUCCACACUGCCUUGCGGAAUUCCAUUUUCUGUGACUCCUAUGUAGAUAACAAUUUACAUGUAACCAACUGGAAGCGGCGUCUUGGUUGCAAGUGUCAAUACAAACAUGUUGUAGACUGGUGUGGUUGUAGUCCUAACAAUUUUAGACCAGAGGAUUGGUCUAGAAUACAGGGUACAGAAGAGAAGAACAUUUUUUUCGCUCGGAAAUUUGAACCAAUUGUCAGCCAAACUGUCAUCAGCCAGGUUGAAGAGUGGUUGUAUGGUCCAUAUCCCCAAGGGAUACCAAAUUUGUUGAGCUACUGGCAAAGCACUUACCACUACGCUGAUUUGAGUCCACAGACAAAUGAUGCUCUGGUCACCAUCGCAACUAGCCUUGCUCGCAUUGCAAGUAAACAACUAUCCAACCCUUUAUGCGCAGCCAUACCUGUGAAACUGCUACAAAUUCAUACUUAUUUGCACAACGAUCAGUAUGAGGGAUCAUUAAUCCUGUAUGAAGUGUUGUACAAAAGUUCCGCAAUCAACAGUUCCCAGCUUGAAACCAUGAUCAAGCCAAAGAAUUUCUUCAAGAAGCUGACUUCAAGUGGACCAAUUUCAAGACUGAAAGUGUUGUCUAUAAGCUCUGACUAUGACCAGAAGGAGCAGAUGUCACGUGAUUUUAUGCAAGUGAUUGGCCCGUUCUCUGAGCCUCACGCCAUCUACCAGUGGAUCUCUGGUAAAGAUCAUGUCAACUUGACUUUUCUUUGGCUAGAUCCCACGAACACACUUGCUGAGGCUUCUUAUGUCUACAUGGAUGAGUCGGCUUCGAUAAGCUUCACAAAACCAGUGCUGAAAACUCCAUUGCUGCCUGGUGUUUGGCAAGUGAAAGUUGUUCUGAAUAGUCAGAUUGUCGCUCAAACUGAAUUUUUUGUCACUCCAUUGGAAUUUGUGGGCGGACAAAUCAUCUCCCAGCAGCAAACAAGUUUUUUGCAUAAUGGUCCGAGUCAAAGUUACAAAGUUAAGCAUGAGGACUGGAAACAUAUACUCGGUGACAAGGACUCAGAUUCUGCCAAUACUCUAGACCGCAAAGCUGUGAUAAAUUCCCGUAGAUUUGGUCUGGACCUUCGACAGUGGAUUGAUAGUCUUGUUACUAGGUUUUACUCUGUGAUCAAAUCGUGUUCUGUAAACUUGUUAAAUGUAAGCAACUGCGAGCCAAAAGAGAUUUGUUCUGCCACACUUUGGAGCACUUUUGCUGUGGAUCCAAAAUCACAAAUCACCAGUAUUAACAAAACAUCUGGUGGUUUAAAUAGGUGGUGAAGAAGAAAUCUCUGCUCAGAACUGUAUUUUUUUGUAAUAUUGAAGACUAAUAUCGAAUGCCAUAACCUUAAUUUAAGAAAGGAAUAUUUAUUUCUUAAGAACGUUUUACUUACUGAAAUAAGUAUGAAAACCUACAUACUUUUUUUAAUUUGUUGUUGAGACUGUCAUUUAUUUUCAGCUAGUCUAGCUCCAUAGUCCACUGAAGUUUUUGAUAACCUAAGGGCAUAUUACUGUCAAUCAAUUUCUUAUUUUACCUUUAAGUAUUAAAAUUUUACUUUAAACUUGAGUUUUGCCUCGGAAUGUCUCCCACCGGUGGAGAUCCAAAAAUCUAAAAACAAAGAGAGACAUUGAAAAGUCUUAGAAUUUUGAAAACCAAGAAAACUUGUCACUCUCCAAGCGAUUCUUUGGACAAAUGACCUGCAAAAUUAUGAUCAAGUCAAAAAUUUCAAGCUGAUAAACAGCGUUCAACUGGGAAUUUACUUGCCUUUACGCCAUUAGCUUUCUAGAUACGCCGGUGCAGGGGACUUCCAGAAGAAUCAAACUUGAUUUCUAGUUUUUAAUUUGUUCCUCUUUUUUUUUUAAGUACCUCCUACUUAAUUUUAACAGGCCAUGAUU